CUUUCCUCCUCCCCUGUUUCUUCUUCUCUCCCUCUCCCUCUUUCGCCUUCGGGUGUACGUUAACAAAGCAAGGAAUCAACACAAACUUCACUUCACAGGCUCCCAAAGAAGAUUCGACUAAAAACCCCACACAAACCCACCCAAUAAAAACAAAAGCACUCCAUUAUCACCUCACACGAGGCCACAAUCCUGACUUAAACUCACGUGAAUUCUCCAGCUAAUCCUCACAUGCACACCAUCGCACUAGAAUUCCCAAGUAUAAUUCUAUAUGCGACUUUACACCACAACCUUUCAUUAAGAUUGUAACGAUAGAUAACGGUAGAAAGAAAAGAACCUUUGUCUCCCUCCACCUCCUUCUGUUCUUCCCUCAUGGGCUUUGAUGGUAGCUCCGGUGGACGGAAGGUUUCAAUCUUCCUUCUAGGAUUGCUUGCUCUUCAAGCCUUUGUGGGCUCGUCGAUGGUGGUCGUGAGCCUGAGAAGACCUCAUGGUAGGCGGCCGGGCUUCGUCGCCAACCAGCCUGUUUGCGAUAUCUUCAUGGGGAGCUGGGUCAUGGAUGACUCCUACCCACUGUACCAGUCCUUGGAUUGCCCCAUCAUCGAUGCCGAGUUCAAUUGCCAAUUAUACGGGAGGCCUGACACCGACUACCUGCGGUAUCGAUGGAAGCCCUCCGGCUGUGACCUCCCAAGGUUUGAUGGGCUUGAUUUCUUGGUGCGGAUGAGGGGGAAGACAGUGAUGUUCGUCGGCGACUCGCUCGGCCGCAACCAAUGGGAAUCUUUGAUCUGCAUGCUUCAUGCAGCGGUGCCACUGUCACAGACCCAAUUGAUAAGAGGAGAGCCUCUCUCCACCUUCAAGUUCUUGGAGUAUGGGGUGUCGGUUUCUUUUUACCGGGCUCCUUAUCUUGUGGACAUAGACGUGGUCCAAGGGAAACAGAUCCUUAGGCUGGAUGACAUAUCGGCAAAUGGCAAUGCGUGGAAAGGGGCUGAUGUCCUGUGUUUUAAUUCUGGCCAUUGGUGGACUCACAAAGGUUCUCUUCAAGGGUGGGAUUAUAUGAGAGAUGGAGGAAAUUACUGCGCGGACAUGGACCGCUUAGUUGCCUUUCAGAAAGGGCUGAGCACUUGGGCUAACUGGGUGGAUGUUAACAUUGAUAGAACCAGAACUAAGGUCUUCUUCCCAACCGAGUGGGGCGACCCAACGUCCAAGAACUGCUUUGGCCAGACGGUUCCUGUAAGUGGGUUCAACUAUUCGGGUGUGUACCCGAGCCAGAUGCAGGUGGUGCAGGGCGUGCUGAGGGCAAUGCAAAGCCCUGCCUACUUGUUGGACAUCACCACCCUCUCGGAGCUCAGGAAAGACGGCCACCCCUCCAUCUACAGCGGCGAUCUGAGCCCGGAGCAGAGAGCCAACCCCGACCGCUCCGCCGACUGCAGCCAUUGGUGCCUCCCCGGCGUCCCGGAUACUUGGAACCGGCUAUUCUAUACUGCUCUCUUCUUCUAAGCUCCAAGCUUCUCCUCCCUAUUUUUCAUAGGCAAUCAGAUUUCAUAGUCGCAUCCAAUUGUACAAUCUUAUCGUCGAUAUUUUCUUUUUUAAUAUUAGCUGAAAUGCUGAAGUUGGCCUUUCAGAAAAACAAAAACAAAAAAAAAGAAAUGCUGAUGUUGGGUUGGCUUAGAUACGCACCCUACAAUUAUAUGGUGGAAUUAGUGGAUAUCAUGCACCGUUAUUAGAUUA